AUGAAUGGGACAACGGAAGCCGCAGUUCAAUCUCUUCUACGAUCAUCUGAGAAUCUCAAGGCGGCACUCGAAGUCGAGGUCACACAACUUCAAGAACGCGGUGACUUUUCAAGUUCUUCCACAGAUGACCGAUCCAGACGCAUUCUGGCUGUUGUAUCGCACAGAAAGGAUUACAUGGGAGACGAAGAAGGCAGGUGUAAGCGGAAUACGUCAGGGUUCUUUUUCUGGCGUACAGAUGCUUCUGCUAAGCUCCACUCGUUUAACUUUGUGCUGACUCUGAGAAGUGUUCUGAUUCUUAAGCGCACGCCGGGUCGCUCCAUCGAGGACUGGAGUGUUGAAGUUGCGUACCCGAUCUCUGCAAGUUUUUCGUUCACUGUUGCACAACCAAGACGAACAACUUUAGACCUUCACGUACCUGUGGGAGAGACUGGCGCUGCGUCAAGAUCAGAACUCACUUUGACUAUUAAGUAUGAACUGGCUACUGAAAUACGAAGCUAUACUUCUAUCGCACGAGAUAUGCGGAAAUUGCAGUCCUUCACCGCAGAAUGCAGACGUUUAAAGGACAUAUUCAGUCAGCUGUUCUUCUUUUACGUCCCCCAUAUCGACUUACCAAUACAUCUAUUAAUUGUAGCUAAACAUGAAUUUGACGCUGAUUUCUCUUGGCUAUCACUUUACACGCAAGAGAAUUCUUUGAAAUCCUUUUCAUCUCCUGUAGAUUUGCGCAUGGUCAAUAGGCCAUUGCAUACGCGACUUUCGCCAGCCAGCGCAGGCCUUCCAGGAGAUGAUGCGGAAGAUAUCAGUAUCGUUCGCGAACAUUGGAUCUAUAACAAAGCUAUUGAAGAGGCUUCCACUGGGUCAUGGGCGCGCCUGCGCAUCCGCACAGGGACAUUCAAUGUCAAUGGAAAAAUGCCGUCGCAGGACCUUUCUCCCUGGCUCAGACCAACGAAGCGCGAUUCAGAGAUAUCUGGAUGGAUCUCACCUUUGAAAUCCAUCUCGCCACUCGACAUACUUUCAAACCCGAUUGAUGAACAGGUGACCACCACCCUAGGAGCCUCUUCUGCCACAUUAGCUCAUUCAAAUGUAAACAACGACACGAAGGUCUCUGAUCCAGAUCUCCUUGUAAUAGGCUUCCAAGAACUGGACCUUUCAACCGAAGCCCUCUUGUAUGCCACCAGUACCGUCAAGGAAGAUGCGUGGGUGGAAGCCAUCUUGGCUGGGUUGGGUGAGAGGGGCAUUCUCUACGAGAAGCUCGCUUCCAAACAGCUGGUUGGCAUGCUGAUCGUCGCAAUCGCAAAGAAAUCGCGACUGUCAUGCUUUGGUGACAUCAGAUUUAGCGCCGCUGGUGCGGGAAUUAUGGGUAUCAUGGGCAAUAAAGGUGCAACAGCGAUACGGAUGUCGUACACACCUUUAGCCCAAGGGAUCUCGUCAAGUCCCACAGUUCUCACUUUCGUUAACGCACAUCUCGCAGCAUUUGAUGAAAUGAUAGAGAGGCGAAAUUUUGACUUCCACGAUCUUUCCAGGCGCCUAGUUUUUGAUCAGAUCGAUGAUUCUAAUUCUUAUGCGAAUACCGCAUCGGAGACUUCGAGAACAACUGUUGGAUUGUUUGAAAGUGACGUAUUAUUCUGGAUGGGAGGUUGGAUAGACCUUGCGGACGGAGACGUCAGAGAACUAUUAUCAUCUUCUCCAGGCACGGGUAACAUCCCACUUUUGCUAAAGUAUGAUCAGUUGAAGACGGCUAUCGCAAGCGGGAAAGCAUUUACUGAGUUUUCGGAGCAUGCAAUUACACAUAUGCCUUCGUACAGAUAUGCGUCAAAUACGUCAGAAGAUUCUCUGGGAUAUGACCGAAAGCGCAAACCCGCAUGGACGGACCGCAUAUUACAUAUGUCGGCUCCCAGUGUUCCAGUCACCCAACGUUCAUAUUGCAGCCAUCCGCAAAUAACGAUGAGUGAUCACCGUCCAGUGUCAGCUGAUUUUGAUUUAAAGGUAUCAAUUGUUGACAAGCAGAGACACCAGAUCGCCGCCUCUAAGCUGUAUCGAGAGUUAUGGGGCGUGGAACAUUCCUCAAAGAUGCCGAAAAUCAAACUACAGCCGAUGAAAUUGGACUUUGGAAAAGUCUAUUACAGACGUCCAAUCCAACAAACGUUAUCCAUUCAGAAUGAUGGACAGAUCCCCUGCGUCUACCGAUUCGUUGCUGCAGAUGCUGAACAGUCCAUCUGUCCACAAUGGCUUGGGAUUGAGCCUGUGGUGGGCCUACUUCGUCCGGGUGAAUCGUCGGCCAUUACUGUCACAGUAUUUGUCGAUAACUCGUCUGCUUCACGGCUAAAUCUUGCACCGCCUCGCUUGGAUUUUACCCUUAUACUGCACACUGCUCUAGGAAAAGAUCACUUCAUCUCGGUCACUGGCGAAUACCAAUAUACUUGCUUCGCAAACAAGCUUACCAGACUUACACGACUUCCUGGUCCCGUGCGAUCUAUGAAGUCUCCGAACGAUCGGAUGCCUGCACGGCAAUCAGUGAAUGCCCCGAGGGAAAUUAUGAAGUUGAUCAAUUGGCUGAUGACCUAUGCCACCGAUCCAAAUGAUUUACUUAAUGGUCCUCUUGAAGAGAGCAUAUGCAUAAACAUCAGAGAGUGUCUUGAUACAGGAGAUCAAUUUCCAUCGCCCCAGUCUGCAGAAGAACAUGGUCCACUUGCGACUGCUGUUGCAUCUACACUGGUACAGUUAUUGGACUCGUUGGUAGAUCCUGUAGUGCCCCCGUACCUCCAUGCGCGGUGUUUGCAAAUGACAAGUAGAGACGAAGCAUUCGAGCUACUGGACGAAUUUCCUCCUGAAUCGGUCAAUGUCUGGAUCUCGCUUACUGCAUUCCUCCAUUAUAUCUCCGUGCAAAAAAUAUCGUCACAAUCAUCGACGAAUCAAGCGGAAAUGGCAGAAAGGCUGGCGACUAUAUUUGCACCAGUAUUACUGCGGGAUGACUCGUCCGGGCUUUACACCCCCGUGUCUCCAAUCGGAAAGCGAAAUUUUUUACUUCAUUUUGUUGGCUGA